AUGCAGAGACAAAUAAGGAAUGGUUUGGAAUACGUAGGGAAAGAAGAAAUAGGUCUAAAGAUUGGCAAGGUAAUAGCCAUGAUUAAGAUUGGAGAAAACAUUAACUACGGUAUAUCUGUAGGGGACAAGAACAUGGUUAAUGAGAAGCUGGGAGAAGACAUAUUGUCAAGAGCUGCAGGUAAGUUUAAGGGAGAUAAGUCAGUAGUUUUGAAGAUACAUGAAAUUAUCAAUAAAAGGGUGGAUCAUAAUACUGCAUAA